UUGUGUACUAAAAGGAAUCACUGUAGUUAAAGUUGAAGUUAUUCCAUCCCAUCUGAAAGAAAAACCCUCCCUCUUGAACAUACUCCCAAAUUACCAAUGGAAUGAAAAUUUGACUCUUUUGCUCCCAGUGAGAAAAACUUCAGCUCUAAGUUGGAGAAGGUUUCCAAAGGAGAUUAUCUUUGCUCCAGCUACAGUUAUGGAGAGUAACCCUUCCUUCAGCAGUCAACAAGUCCUGUGUGAAGAUGUUGAGCUGGGAAAGGAAAAGGAGAGAAAAGCCAGGUAUCGCAGUUACCAAUGUGGUGCCAUAAUUCUGAGUGUGAUAUUCAUGACAUUGGCCCUCUGUAUCUUUUGUCUGAGAUAUGUAUGGAGCCCAAGCCCUGGAAAGGUGUAUGAUCACCAAUAUAAAGCUGUACUGGAUGGAAUGGAGACUGAGAGUAUGUUGGAAAUCCUUCCAGCCCAACUCACCGAGAUCUUCAGGAUGGGAAACAGCACUGACGAGGUCCUGGAGGUGCACGAUUUUAAAAAUGGAAUUAUGGGAAUCCGUUUUGCCAAGCACCAGAGAUGCUACAUCAGGACUCAAACCAAGGAGCUGCCCAAGCUGAUUGAAACGGAUGCAAAGAAUGCGGAUGUAGAGGUGGGUAAGACUGGCGAGGUAGAUAUGCAGGUGGACACUCAAAUAUGGAUCCCUGCUGAGGAGCCCAUCUCCAACAGAACAUUCCUGCUCAAUUCCAAGAUAUGGGAGAUUUGCCAAGAGCUGCCCAUCCACUGGAUCCACCCUUCCCCUCUCAGAGAUGCAGUGUUCCAUGAUGUGGAGGAUGUGGAUGAGACCCUGGGGUUGGAGGUGAGAGGGCCACGUCAGGCCAGGGAUGUUAUGGAUCAGUUACCAGUAAACGAUUAUAGAGAAAUUGGGCUGGAAUUGGACAACAGUCUAGAUGAGCAGGGAUACUGCUGCCAGUACUGUCGUCGUGGGUACCGCUACUGUCGGCGAUACCACGAGCCCCUCGGUGGCUUUUGGCCAUAUCCUUACUAUUACCAGGGAGGACGGGUCAUCUGUCAGAUUGUCAUGCCCUGCAACUGGUGGAUAGCACGAAUGCUGGGACGGAUUUGAUGAAAAUUGGGACAGUGCUGUGAGCAAAUGGUGCUAUGCUGCUCAGGGGUAUGCGUAGACCAGCUUCAUUUGUGCGAAAUGUCACAUACAUGCUCAAACCUUUAUGCAUUCUUUAGCCUUUGUUUUCAAAAAAGUGUGGAAAAACAUCUGAACAUUUAGCAUAUUUCAGACCAGGUCAUUAUCAUAAUAAGUUUUCAUUUCAUCAGCUGAAGGGCGCACGCCUUCUAACGAGUCAUUGACUUGUGACUUGCAUGCAACAAUGAAUAAGGAGGAAAUAUAGACAUUAUUUGUCAUUUGUUGAGCAAAACAUUCCCCAAAAACGUCUGUGAAAAUGUUUUAGAAACUAAUUAGUAAUUUAUUUUCCUAAGUCUUUAUCAGUAAUCUGAUUACAAUUUUAGAGAUGCAAUUAGUCAUUUGUAGUGGAUUACUUUUUUGAUUAACUUACCCAGUCCAAUUGUGAAAAUACUUUUAUACUCAGUCAUAGUAUGGUCAUUUGCUUAUUUGAUUAGUAAUAAUGCAGAUUCUUAAAUAUUUGUUGGUUUUCAAUUUCUCAAAAUACUUAAAACUUGUUUAUUUCAAGGUUCAAAUUAGAAUUUUCAGUCCCUAAUUUUCCAUUUGGACUCAGACUUUUGAAUGCCAUUUUAUGUGUGUAUAUACAUUACUCUGCUUUCUCCUUUUGCAUGUUUACAAAUUAAGUAAUCUUGGUCUGUCCUUGAUUUACCUCCAUACUAAAUGUAAAACACAAAUAGUUGCAAACUUGCACAUAAAUGGUUAAAGUAAGUUACUAUGGUCUGUAUCUUCCAUUCAGACCUUUUAAAACUUUGAAAAACAUGUAGGUAGAGACAUUAUCACUCAAUAAACAGGAAAAUUAAUCAAUUUAACUUGA